AUGACGACAGAGGCUAUGGAGGGAGUAGUGAAGGACGAGCCGGUUCCCAAUGGUGCGCCAGUAGAGUCCCAUGGCACUGCUUACAGUGGCAAUGGUGGUGAAGUAGAUGCAAAUGCUGAGAAGAAGCGAGCGAGGAGUAGCACGCCAGUGCAUGAUGAGACUUCAGUGAAGCGUGUAAAGGGUGUUGCCCCGAUUAAGGCUGAAUUUCUGAUUCAUCGAGGUGAUAACAGAAUUGCGACAAAAGAGAAAGUCGUGGAUGACGAUGCAGCUGAAGCCGCAGACGAUCGCUACAGGAAAGAUGCCCGUGAUGGUGGGGGUAACGGCAAGGGCAAGAAAGACAAGAAGCAAAGGGGCCAAAACACCAGUCGAAACUUUGGAAGCUCACGCGACAAGACUCCGCUCUGCAGUUCUCGUGCUCUCUUCAAUGAGUUCUCCGCAAAGGAAUGUCCGUUUGGCCAAAAGUGCAAAUUCGAACACGAUCUUCGGAGGUACUUGAGGGAAGGCCGACGGGAAGAUCUCACGACCAUGAAUGGCCAAUGUCCAGUAUUCGAAGUCAAAGGGUUCUGCCAUAUGGGGUGGAAGUGCCGAUUCGUCGGCAGUCACUCGGAAGAGCGGACUACCGAGGACGGAAGAAAAGAGCUUGUGUUGAAAGAAGACGCUGAACGCAAAGCUCAAGUUGCGGAUGUUGAAGAGGAAGUUGGCGUUGUCAACAUCGUAUCCAAGGAUGUCAAAUUUGGUCUGUCAAGACGGAAGAUUAGCACACCACGCUCUGACCAAUACAUUGAAUGGAUCGAGAAGAACAAAGGCCUGGAGCGUGAGGUUUUCGACAGCACAAUGGGCGACUCUAAGGCUCUCAAGGAGGAGCUAGAAGCUCGCCGAGCAGAAUACGUUGAAGCACCAUUCCGACCCUCAGAAAAACGGCGCAUCUAUUAUGGACCAGAAACACCGGUUCUCGCCCCCCUCACAACCCAAGGAAACAUGCCCUACCGCCGCCUCUGUGUCGAUCUAGGAUGUCAAGUGACCUGGAGCGAAAUGGCAAUGGGCAUGCCACUCAUACAAGGCGAACGUGGCGAAUGGGCCUUGAUGAAAGCUCACGAAUCCGAAAUCACGCCUCCUGCAUUCCAGUCCAAGAACAAAGUUGUCCAAGGCUAUGACAACAGCACCGACAUGAAGUUUGGUGCCCAAAUCGCUGCGAACAAACCCUGGCUUGCCACGAAGACAGUAGAAGUUCUAACUGACCACUGUCCAAAACUCCGCGCUAUCGAUCUCAACUGUGGAUGUCCCAUCAACCUGGUGUGCGAAAAAGGUGCCGGUUCUGCACUCCUAGACCAAGAAGCCAAACUCGAACAGAUACUACGUGGCAUGAACUACGUAUCCAAAGAGGUCCCUAUCACUGUCAAGAUCCGCAUGGGCACCAAAGACAACCAGCCCACGGCCCAAAAGCUCAUCAAGCGCCUCGUCCUCGGCGGCCGCGAAUCUAUUGAGACUGGCAAAGGCACCUGCGGCAUCGCAGCCAUCACGCUCCACGGCCGGAGCAAACAGCAACGCUACUCCCGCAGCGCAGACUGGUCCUACAUCGCUGAAUGUGCGUCGCUCAUUACCCGGCUCAAGAAAGAACGCGACGCCCAAAUCGACACCCUUGCCGAACCCGAUGCCCGCGACCAACCCAACGGUGGAACCGUCUACUUCGUCGGCAACGGCGACUGCUAUUCCCACACAGACUACUACAACGCCCUCGACUCGGCCCACGUCGACUCCGUCAUGAUCGGCCGCGGCGCCCUCAUCAAACCCUGGAUCUUUGAGGAAAUCACCACAAACCAGUACCUCGACAAGUCGGCCACUGAGCGCCUCGCCUACAUUGAAAAGUUUGCAAAAUACGGCAUGCAGACUUGGGGCUCUGAUGAACAGGGCAUCGGCACCACGCGCCGCUUCAUGCUCGAGUGGCUCAGCUUUGCCCAUCGCUACGUGCCCGUGGGUAUUCUGGAGUAUUUGCCACCCCAUAUUCAAGAUCGGCCGCCGAUUUUCAAGGGCCGGAAUGAGCUCGAGACGCUGCUGGCGAGUGAGCAUUACAAGGAUUGGAUCAAAUUGAGUGAAAUGUUUCUGGGUCCUGCGCAUCCAAACUUCAAGUUUGAGCCAAAGCACAAGUCGAAUGCCUAUGAGAUUGAGGCCGAGGGAUAG